GCCCGUCAAUGUGAGCAGACAAGAUGGCGAUGGUGUGAGUGUCACUGGGAUAUAUGCCGUAUCGUAGUAUCAUAGCUUCAAGUUGUACAUCAUGCUGACUGUGUUGUUGUACCAUUCAUAUUAACAACAAGAUGGACACGGACAUGGUAGAAGUUGUGGGCCAGGCAUGUCGCACAGCUCGCCUUGCUAAGAACUGCAAUGUGAAAUAAAGAUGGAUAAAUGUAAGCACGUUGGCCGGCUGCGCCUUUCCCAAGACCACUCGAGCCUAAACCCACAGAAAUGGCACUGCGUAGAUUGUAACACAACAGAGUCUGUUUGGGCCUGCUUGAGCUGCUCACAUGUUGCCUGUGGGCGCUACAUUGAAGAACAUGCUCUUAAGCACUUCCAGGAACAAAAACACCCGGUAGCACUUGAAGUGAAUGAGCUUUAUGUGUUUUGCUACCUUUGUGAUGACUAUGUGCUUAAUGACAAUGCCACAGGUGACUUAAAACUUUUGCGCAGUACUUUGAGUGCCAUUAAGAGUCAGAAUUAUGAGUGCACCACCCGGAGUGGCCGCACACUACGCUCUAUGGCUGCUAGCGAUGACAUCUCGGCCGGCAGUGUGCAAGAGCUGCUUCGUGAUGAGGACCGCAUGUUUACGGCACUUUGGCAUCGACGCCACUCCCAGUUGGGCCGUGUGUUUCGUUCAUGGUUUGAACUAACUGCAGGAGGUAGGCGACGAGCAGAGGAAGAAAGGCUCAGGGAGGAGGCAGAGAUGAAAAGAAAAGAGGCUAGGGAGAGAAGGCAGAACUUGAAAAGACAAAUGAAGGAAAUACUGGAAGGUGCUCCACCACGAAAAAGCCACCGACUCAUGGAGCAAAACCAAAAGUGCACCCCCACAAAGAAUGUUCAAACACCUGUGCGCAAAAGGACAUCCCGGGUGCCAGCACAGCAACGAAUACCUUUGAGGACUAGGACAAAUAAAACUUGCAAGGCAGUAAGAAAGAGCACGGCAAAAUCAAAACUUAAACUGAACACAGUCACAAUGCCUACCUCACCCAAAGCAAGUACAAUUAAGCAAGUAGACUCUCCAAUCAAACGGAGGCCUACAGUAACCCCUGGGGUGACAGGACUGCGAAACUUGGGGAAUACCUGCUAUAUGAACUCCAUUUUACAGGUGCUAAGUCACCUGCACAUCUUCCGCAAGUGCUUCCUGCAGCUUGACCUCAAUCAAGCCUUAGAGCACCUAUCUAACACUGCAAAUGGAAAUACCCAGGCUCUCUGUAGUCUGAUUCAGCGCCAUGGCAAACGUGGGCUUGUUUCCUCAUUUAAUUCAAAGAAAACCUCUUCAGUGGGCCUUAGUGGUGGUGCAUUACGGAGCAGAAACAUGGAGUUAAUUCAGCCCAAGGAGCCUAGCUCCAAACAUAUCUCACUGUGCCAUGAGCUUCACACACUUUUCCAGGUAAUGUGGUCAGGGAAAUGGGCCUUGGUGUCUCCCUUUGCUAUGCUUCACUCUGUUUGGAAACUUAUUCCUGCCUUUAGAGGCUAUUCCCAGCAAGAUGCACAAGAAUUUCUCUGUGAGUUUCUAGACAAGGUACAGCAAGAACUUGAGACUACUGGAGCACUACAGCCCAGCAUUGUCCCAGCAACUCAAAGGGAAUUAAUCAAGCAAGUCCUUAAUGUUGUGAACACCAUCUUUCAUGGACAGCUACUUAGUCAGGUUACCUGUCUGUCCUGUGACAAUAAAUCCAACACAAUAGAGCCAUUCUGGGAUUUGUCGCUGGAAUUUCCAGAGCGGUAUCACUUCAAUGGGAAGGAAACAGCUUCACAACAUCCCUGCCUACUGACAGAAAUGUUAGCAAAAUUUACAGAAACUGAAGCAUUGGAAGGGAAGAUUUAUGCAUGUGAUCAGUGCAACAGUAAACGGAGAAAAUUUUCUUCAAAACCAGUCAUUUUGACUGAAGCACAGAAGCAGCUAAUGGUACACAGGUUGCCUCAGGUUUUACGGCUACAUCUUAAACGCUUCAGGUGGUCAGGACGUAAUCACAGAGAGAAAAUUGGAGUUCAUGUUGACUUUGACCAGAUAUUAAAUAUGGAACCGUACUCUUGUAGAGAUUCAUCUGGAACCUUCAGGCCAGACUCUUUUAUAUAUGAUUUAUCAGCUGUUGUGAUGCAUCAUGGGAAAGGAUUUGGCUCAGGGCACUACACAUCAUACUGCUAUAAUACAGAAGGAGGAUUCUGGGUACAUUGCAAUGACUCAAAAUUAAAUAUCUGCACUGUGGAUGAAGUGUGCAAGGCGCAGGCCUACAUCCUGUUUUAUACGCAGCGCUUUUCUCAGGAGAAAGCACAGUCUCGUUAAUCACUGGGGAAAUUAUCCAGCAGCGUAACACCAGCAUUGCAUUGGAAAGGGUAACCCUUCCCUUUAAGACAUCAGCACAGCCAAAGGCAUUUUCGUCUUUGCCUCUCUUUCUUGUCUUUUUUAAAAGUUUGUGAAUAGGAACCUUUUUUAUGUACAAUUGAAAUGUUUUUACGUUUCCUUCCUAUGUGAAUUAGUGUACAGAAUGUUUAUAAUGUUUUUGUAAUAAAAUGUUUUUAAAUUUUGUUGGAAAAGUAAUAGUGUGUAUAAAAAUGUUAAUUGAUUUUAAUGGAAUCACAGAUAAAGACCUCACUUUUUUGUAUAUUGCAUCUUUUAGACAAUGUUGUCUAAAAGUGUUUUCUUUUUUUGAAGUGUUAAGUUUCUGUUGCAAACUUCCUUUUACAGUACCACUCUAAUUAAGAGAUUUGUAAUGUCUCCAGCAACUUGCCUUUCAGAUCAGUUUCAGUGACUGUGCACUUCUGUAUUCAGAGGAGCUUAGCAAUGUAGGUUAUGUUUUAAUAGCCCCAUUUAGAAUGUACUUAGAAUAAUGAUCUUACAGUUUGGCUUCAUUUGCAGAGAUUUAAGAUGAAAAUGGGUGACAUUUACUGGGAUGUAUUUUAACAAAGAGCAACGCCAUUUUUAUAUGUUUAAAAUGUUUUACCAGUCCAUCAAAUGACUUUUGACAAGCUUAGGAAAAUGUUGAUACAAGACCAACAACUUUGUACUGAUGUAACUAAAGAACCAUUUAAGGGGAAAGGGCAACCAAGAUAUAAACUUUCCUAAUUAUGCGAAACUGCUUUUAAAGGUCAGUUACAUAGCUGUCUUGCAAGAGACCCCAUUGUGCUUUAAUUACAGUUAUUCAAUUUGUUUUCCAGUUCAGCCUUAUUUUUUUUCAGUUAGCCACAAAAUAGCUCAUAAUCCAACAGUUUAACACACAUGGUAGAGGUGUAGGACCACCAUCUGAAUGUGUAGGUUCAGGGGCAUUCUGCAGACCAAAGAUGUAGUCUGCUUUGGUAGUACAGAAUAUAGUAUAGCUGUAAAAUCAUGAAUACAAAUGUGUCAGAUGUAGUGUCAUAAUGAUCGCUCUCUGGCUUACAAAAGAUAGCCUUGGGGCUUUACAGAGCUCCGGUGUGAUAAGUUCUGCUUUCGUAUUUAGCUGUUCAGCCAGCAAACAUCACGUGUCUUGAGCUGGUUCCCCACGUGAGGACAGGCUGUAGGCACUUUGUGGAUUUUGAGAUAACAGCAUUCAUUUACCAACUUCUGUGCAACUGCUGUACAGCACCCAAAGGUGUUUUAAUCAGAUAUGUAUCUAUUUCACUUUUUUCUACAUUUUUUUUCUGGGCGAAUCCUUUCUUGGCCUCUUGUCCUCCACCCAGGGCCUCUGCAUUUUAUUUGUGCUUGUUACUUCAUCAAAGCAAAAAAGUACUUGCCAUUAAUCCAAAUUGUUUAAUACUCCUAAUAAAGUUUUUAGUUCAUCCACAUUAAUCGUUUUACAUGUAUGCAAAAAUCCUAGCAGAAUAGUCUGGUGGAGAGAAAAUAUGUGAAUCCUUUCAAGUUAUCCUUAUGAUAUCCUUAUAAUUUAAUCUAACAUAUGAUCUGAUCUUCAUCUGUGUCCUAAUAAGUUAGAAAGUGAAUCUGAUUAAACAAACACACCAAUAAAAUCAUUUAUGCAUUGAUACAUUAACGUCCCAUUUUUGGACCCUUAGGUUCACUAAAUGUUUGACACCAUCUUUAGUAGUAAGAACAUUAAUCACACGUUUCGUGAACCUGUUGGUAAUUUCUCUUGGCAGCUAAACAGCUAUUUUGGCUCAUUUGUUUUAAAUCGAACUGCACAAAUCACCUUAUGCCAUAAUGUUUCAGCUAGUGUGUUGCCAUUAACUUGUAUUAAAUUUCUUAUAUGUUGAGGAUCAUUCUUGCGGUGUAAAUCGCACAUUCUGUUAAGCCUCAGAUCACAGACAGGUACUCCUCUGCAGAAAUGGGUAACAGAAUCCACAGUGAUUACUAACCACUUCGGUAUUGAGGUUGCAAAGUUAUCCUCAGGCCAUUAUAGCUCCAUGUCUAGUGAGUGGGAUGACGACAAGUAGUCAUCGACUUUACAAGGUAUGCGUCUUACGACCAUUCGUCUUACGACUGCUACCGUGUCUCACGGGCAAACAACAGUAUUCGCCCGCCAGCUUUGUAUGUCGUGACUCGCUCAUUUCGAUCUCAGUUUAUUACGUACAGUGGUCUUAACUACUUUCAGUUAUAUUUGUCUUACAAUUACAGGGAAAAAGGCAAUUGAUCUUGACCCAAAAAUGAAGGUGAUCAAGCAGUAUGAGAGA